AUGGGGUUUUGUCACAAUGAUCUCAAUACAACAAAUUGUCUUCUUGAUGGAAACUUCAAUUUGAAGCUGACUGAUUUCGGCCGGGCCACCACUGUUGGGCAGUUUUUGGAGUAUACCAGUGCUCCAUGGGCUAUGCGGUUAAAAGCUGGGCCAUUGAAGGGCACUUAUGGUCUCUGCUCUGCUAGAACUGAGCAAUUUGCUGUUGGGUCAAUUCUCUACUUUAUGGUGUAUGGUCACAAGCCCUAUGAAGACACUAAUCAGAGUGGACUGGAAUUGGAACGCCGAUUUGAGGAAAUGAAAUUCCCAGACUUAGGCCGUCAUGAAAUCUUUGAUGGUCUCAUUUUGGCUUGUUGGCAUAAUGUCUACCCUACGAUGGCUCUGGUGGCAUAUGAUUUCAAGCGCAAAACAAGAGACGUUGCAUCAAUUCCAGAAGAAUACGAGAUCAUUGACCGCUCAAAAGAGAGAAAGACUUGUGAAGCAUUGAUCCAAAAAGGAAUAUUGGGUCCUGAAUGGGCACUCUGCUUUCAACCACUCUGGCGAAAGUAUCUACAUGCUGCGAAAAGCAUGUUCAUUUGGCACUUCCUAAUUAGCCUACCGAGAAGAAUCCGUUUCUGGCUCUGGCUUUGA